AUGCACUCUACUAUGCGCGACUCUAGCGACAGCGAGCGCUCGUGUCUCUAUCAGUUUUCUCCCUCAUCUCCUCCUCCUCUAUGCCCUCAGGUACACUCUGUCCCAGUUUUUGAGCUGCCUACUCCGCUCAAGUCAUCUCCAAUCGACUCCGCGAUCAAGAGAGAGGCUCAAGAGCUCUACAAACGUCUACAAGAUCUUCACAGCCCCGAGUGGAUUGGUGAAGAGGGUAAUCAGAAGUUCUUCCCCGUAACACCUGCAGUCUGGCUCGCACUGCAAGAUGUACUCUUUUUGAACAACGACAAGUUCAGUUGUCACUACGACGCUAAGAAAGAGUGCUUGGAGGUCAAGAUGGUCAGCCCAAUCCACAAGGUUGUCAAGAGUGAUUUCAUGACCACUAUCCAGAGGAAGCUUUUCACGUUGGAAGAAAAAGCCCCUACGAAAUCUGCAGUACGAGCAGUCAUUAGCAGCAUCAAAUAUAAAGGCGAGCUACCCGGAAAAGCAUCUGGCGAAGACAAACGUCGCCCCGACGCUGCUUUUGUCUCCGGACAGCGGCGAAAACCUUCACUUGUCGUCGAGAUUGGGCACAGCCAGAACGGAGCCACCAAAUUCGACCCGAUAGCUGAUAAGUACAUCGGCGGCAGUCAAGGUCGGAUCAGAACCAUGAUAGGCCUUGACAUGGAAUAUCGUACUCCUGAAUCGCGAGAGAGGCUUCGCACUCAGAAGAGAUGGGCUACCUACCAGAUAUAUCGGAGCCGCAUCAACAAGAAAGGCCGGCUGUACCCUCACACCACCAAAGAUCCGGUUGUUUUUCAGAAUGUGCAUGGUGUCGUUAAUCCUCGCGCUAAGCUCCGGCUCGAACUGGCCGAUUUUCUCCAGCCCAACACCGGUAAUUUCCUCGGGUACAGCAUCGAGAUUUCUCACCGAGAAUUGUGCAACGUCAUCGCAGAGGGAGACGAAACACAAGAUGUUUACGACGGACCCGAUUUCGAGGACGACGAGCCACUUGAAUACUCCCCAAUCCACAAAGGAUCGCCUUCCAUCGACAGCGAAGACCGCAGUGAUACCAGUGUCGGUAAGAAGAGGAAGCGUGGCGGCGAGAAAAGGAAGCGUGGCGGUAGGAAAAGGAAGCGCGCAUCAGCCGGAGAAGAAGAGAUGGAAGCGGUUCCGGAAGCGGACGGAGAAGACAACAGGGGUGAGAACGGUGAAGAAAACGGAGAAGCGAACGUGGAAUGGGCCUUUACCGUUGCCCACGCGCGCGCAGCCUCUCCAAGGGUUGUUAUCUAG